UUUUAUUUCCCCAAUUUUCAAUUCAUAGUCAGCAAUUCUGAAUUGUCAAAUUCACCCGCUACCUUUUCCCGUGUACGAACGAAUCCAAUCCACCAAAUCGGCGGCGACGCCUCCGCUCUGUCUCGAAACCACAGAUCUGCGGCGGAACCGCCGUCUCCGACUAUCUCCGAUUGAUCUUCCGGUAAAGUGGACCGGAGAUGCCGGUUGCCGCUUCCGCCAUUUACUUCCUCAACCUCCGCGGCGACGUUCUCAUCAACCGCCUCUAUCGCGACGAUGUCGGGGGAAAUAUGGUGGAUGCUUUUAGGACGCAUAUUAUGCAAACGAAGGAGCUUGGUACUUGCCCAGUGAGGCAGAUUGGUGGAUGCUCUUUCUUUUACAUGAGGAUCAGUAAUGUCUACAUUGUCAUUGUUGUCAGCAACAACGCCAAUGUCGCUUGCGCUUUCAAGUUUGUUGUUGAGGCUGUUGCAUUGUUCCGAUCAUACUUUGGUGGAGCUUUUGACGAGGAUGCAAUUCGCAAUAAUUUUGUACUCAUUUAUGAGCUCCUAGAUGAAAUUAUGGACUUUGGUUACCCACAAAAUCUUUCACCAGAGAUCUUAAAGCUUUAUAUCACUCAGGAAGGAGUGCGUUCCCCAUUUUCAUCAAAGCCCACAGAUAGACCUGUUCCAAAUGCAACUUUACAAGUUACUGGUGCUGUUGGUUGGCGGAGAGAAGGGCUUGUGUACAAAAAGAAUGAGGUCUUCCUGGAUAUUGUGGAAAGUGUAAAUCUUCUAAUGUCUUCAAAAGGUAGUGUUCUGCGUUGUGAUGUCACUGGGAAGAUUCUCAUGAAGUGCUUUCUUUCUGGAAUGCCUGAUUUAAAGUUGGGUUUGAAUGACAAGAUUGGUCUUGAGAAAGAAGCACAACUUAAAUCCCGUCCUACUAAAAGUGGUAAAAGUAUCGAGCUUGAUGAUGUCACUUUCCAUCAAUGUGUAAAUUUGACAAGGUUCAACUCAGAGAAGACAGUUAGUUUUGUACCACCUGAUGGUGAAUUUGAACUAAUGAAGUAUCGUAUAACUGAGGGAGUUAAUCUUCCGUUCAAAGUAUUGCCAACCAUCAAGGAACUUGGUCGAUCACGGAUAGAAGUGAACGUUAAGGUAAAGAGUGUUUUUGGUGCAAAAAUGUUUGCACUUGGGGUUGUAGUCAAGAUUCCUGUUCCAAAACAAACAGCAAAAACAAAUUUCACAGUUACAUCUGGCCGGGCAAAAUACAAUGCUUCUAUUGAUUGUUUGGUUUGGAAGAUUAGAAAAUUCCCUGGGCAGACUGAGUCAACCUUAAGUGCAGAAGUUGAACUUAUUUCCACAAUAACAGAAAAGAAAUCUUGGACUAGACCACCAAUUCAGAUGGAGUUUCAGGUUCCCAUGUUCACAGCAUCUGGUUUACGUGUUCGUUUCCUCAAGGUGUGGGAGAAGAGUGGGUACAAUACCGUUGAGUGGGUUCGUUACAUUACAAAAGCUGGAUCCUACGAGAUUAGGUGCUAGACAGAGUUUGUAUUACUGGAUGGAGAAUGAAGCAAAAUCCCGAAUAAGCCGCAGUUCAGGCUAGUCAUCCUAGUUUUCGUAUUGUAUUAAACAUGUAAUGAAAGGUUCAGGAGUUACUCAAUGUGCUGUCAGUAUGAUUUUUUGUGUGAAAAUCUGUUUUUAAUAUUUUUGUUCCAAAAGGCCAGCUUGUUAUUGGAACCUGAAGUUGAGUGUUCUCUUGUAAACUUUGUAUUUUGUUCUUAUAUCUCUUUUUAUAUAAAACAUCAUUUAUUGUAAUGAUAAUAUUUAUUGAGUGAUGAUUCAUUGAAUUUUUUCGUGUU